GGGCCUUUAGCUCUCCGCAGGACGCCGCACCGGGCGCGCAACCGGGUCGACGCGGCCGCGCCCUUCAUCAAUUACCGCCGUGCCAAGGCUCGCGCCGAGCGGCAGCGCGCAAGGCACUGUUGGGCAGCCUGCCACCAUGAUGUCGGAGAUGCAAAAGGCGCGGCGCGCCGCCACGGCGAAGCGCUGCCUCCAAGGUGGAGGCCCCCCGCCCACCAAAGAGGAGGAGCGCUACUCGAUCGGCCACGCGUUGGCGCGGGCCAAGACCGUGGCGACGAUGGCGAAGAUCGCCGGCGCGCGCUGGCGCGAGCACGCGUCCGGGGCAUUGAUGGGCGCCGCUCCGAUGACGGAACCGAAGUUCCUCAAGCUCGUGAAGGACGGCGGCGAGGUGCUCCAGAUACCGCGACGGACGGCCUGGACCCAGGCCUUCAGUCUGAGAGCCGGCGCAUCGCUCAGAUGGGAGUUUCGCGUGCAGUCGCACGAUCUCGGUUUUGCAUUAAGACGACGCGCCAUGCAGAAGGGCGGGUCUGUGGAGGUCGACGUCGUGGAUUCUAAAAGAUUUCCGGCUGGUGUCGCCGUCGCGGGCGACUGGACGGCGAUAGAGCCCUGUACUGUUGUUGCUGCGUUCGACAACGCCUAUUCGUUGUUGACUCCAAAGAGGGUGGUGGCCAAGUUUUCGGUCAAUGAUCCCACACCAAAACCGCCGACGCCCGUCUCGUCGCCCCCCGCUCGGGCGGAGACGGCCUACACGCGGCGACGGGAUCUAGCGGCACAGCAGCGCGAGAUGGCGGCCCUGUCGGCGAAACUCGACGAAGCAAAAGUCGAAGGCGAGCGCCUCAAGGAGCUCGCGUCGGCGCCGACGCCCAAGGCCACAAAUUUAGAUAAUUGGAGCGACGACUGGGCGGCCGCGCUAGGCUCCGGGAAGAAGUCGAAGGGCUUCGACGACGCGCCGCCGGCCCCCUCAACGCGCGAAUUGCUAGCGUUCUUGGAUACGUACGACGACGGGCAGCGGCCCGCGUUCCCCGACGAGGUCCUGCCCACGGACACGUUCCCGCCGCCGCCCCCAACGUCACCACCUCUCAAGGAGGUACCGUUGGACGAUAGGACCGGGGAGAGUACACUGUGAUUAGCCAU